GCACAGGGUAGUCAGAGGCCACAAUGGACCCCGCCAUACUCAGGAACCUCAAUGACAAGAUAUAUGACCGUCGCAAGGCAGCAGCCCUCGAGCUGGAGAAACAGGUCCUGGCAUCCGAUUCCCCAAAGAUCUCUGCAAUCAUCGACCAGCUAUGCGGAAUGCUCGGGUCCAGUAACUCGGCCCUCCACACGCGCAAUGGUGGUCUCAUUGGUCUUGCCGCCACGGCCAUAGCACUGGGGCAGGACGUGGCGCCCUACUUGGGGAGGAUAAUACCGCCGGUACUAGCAUGCUUCCAGGACCCCGAAAGCAGGUUGCGGUACCAUGCCUGUGAGAGUCUGUACAACAUAGCCAAGGUCAGCAAAGGCGAAAUCCUCGUCCAUUUCAACGAGAUCUUUGAUGCGCUCUCCAAGCUUUCCUCCGACUCGGAGAUGUCGGUCAAGAAUGGCGCAGAGCUCCUUGACAGGCUCAUGAAGGACAUUGUCGCCGAAGCGGCCCCGAGCUACGUCUCUAUCUAUCCCGAUAACCGCAAUCCGAACCUACCUCCGCAUUCUCCUCUGAGAGAAGGUGCAAAGAUCGGGCUAGGAUUUCUCCCCGAAGACGGUGAAGGGAGCCAUGAUGGCGAUCAAGAAGCGUAUGAAGAUAAACGCGCGUUCUCGCUCGAGCGGUUCAUUCCCCUUCUGUCCGAAAGGAUAUACGUCGUAUCGCCAUUCACGAGGAUGCACCUCGUCUCUUGGCUGAUUGUCCUCGACUCGAUCCCAGACCUCGAGCUCGUUGCGUGGUUGCCAGAAUUCCUCGAUGGACUUUUGAAAUACCUUGCAGACGGCAACGUCGACGUUCGUCUAGCCGCCGAAAACGUUCUUGCCGAGUUUCUUCGCGAAAUCAAAUACAUUGCGCAGAUCGCUGAAAAGCAAGCGGAACACGAGCGUAACGCACCCAACCACAAAGCUCAUCGCCGGUAUAGUGGUAUCCGCAACGAGUCUGUGAUUGAAACGGACGAUGAAGAUGGGGAAAGUGUGACUACAGAGUCUCGGAUAGAUGGCGACGAGGAGGAUAGGGACUGGGAAGGCGAGGGCUCGGGAGCUUGGGUGCCGGGUCAGGGGGUGUUUGUGGAUCAUGCGGCGAUCAUGGAGAUCAUGAUUCACAACCUCACAUAUGACGACGAGCUGGUCCAGUCGACAGCAAUGGAAUGGAUAUUGACCUUUUUGGAAUUCGCCCAGAGCACGGUGGUGGCCUUUACCCCUCAAAUCAUCCCCGCCAUCCUUCCCAACCUUGCGUCACCCCACUCCCAAAUCAAACUAGCCGCACAUGACACGAAUUCCAGUCUCUACCACGUCAUCCAAUCUAUACCCCUUCAGGUCCAACACCCCGAAAACCCAGCUCCCACUAACCCGCCCACCUCUGCAUCCAUUCCCCUUCUAGCAGGCUCUCCGCCUUCAUCGUUGACCAUCCCCAGCGGGCUACCCACGGCUGGGAUUGGGAAGAAGGAUUUUGCGUUGAUGGAAGCACCAGAGAUUGUAAGGUCGCCCGCGGCGAUGGCUGUGAACGAUCCUCUGGAUGCUGCCGGGGCGCCACCCGCGCCGCCUCCCUCGGCUACGGGAAAGAACAACAUGUCGCACAGCCUUUCAGCUACCAACCUGGGACAUAAAGCGAGGCAGUCAGUCUCGGCACAUGGCUCGGAGCCGCCGACGCCUGCUGUGGCUGAAAACCCGUCUCUCGCGCCCGUUCCCGGAGCCCCUCCCCUCCCUGCCUCCCGCAUGACCAAAUCCCGCCCCGAGUCGCCCCCUUCUGCUCCUCCGCCAAAUCAACAACCCCUCGCUCUGCCCCCUCCACCGUUGGCUUCCAACACGCCUUUGUCACCCACUUUGAGCCAGCAAAAUGAUGGCGGGGCCGAGAAAACGGUAGACGUGGACCCGUUUGAUGUACGGGAGACGGUGAAUGUGUUGACUUUGCAGUUUUUGAGCGAUCAUGCCGAGACGAGGAUUGCGGCGUUGGAGUGGCUGUUGAUGUUGCAUCUCAAGGCACCGGACAAGAUCCUAUCGAGAGAUAGUGGAACAUUCCCAGCGCUACUAAAGACCCUUUCCGACCCAUCAGAAGACGUUGUCAAACACGACCUGCAACUCCUUGCCCAGAUAUCCUCCUCCUCUGAAGACUCUUAUUUCACCUCCUUCAUGGUCAAAGUUCUCGAGCUGUUCAGCACAGAUAGAAGAUUGUUGGAGACGAGGGGAAGUCUGAUCAUCAGACAGCUGUGUUUGCACCUGAAUGCGGAGAGGAUCUUUAGGGCGAUUGCGGAUAUCCUGGAGAAGGAUGAUGACUUGGAGUUUGCCAGUAUGAUGGUAGUCAAGCUCAACAUGAUCUUGAUCACCUCUCCGGAACUGAACGACUUUAGAAGACGGCUCAAAAACCUCGACUCUAGAGAUGGGCAAAUGCUCUUUUCGUCUCUAUACAGGUCCUGGUGCCACAACGCUGUCGCAGCCUUCUCACUUUGUCUCUUGGCUCAGGCGUAUGAGCAUGCUUCAAACUUGCUCCAAAUCUUCGCCGACCUGGAGUUGACAGUACCGUUGCUGGUCCAAAUCGACAAGCUGGUCAUGCUGCUCGAAUCACCGGUGUUCACCUACCUCCGACUGCAACUAUUGGAACCCGACAAAUACCCAUGGCUACCCAAAUGUCUCUUUGGUCUCCUCAUGAUUCUUCCACAAAGCACUGCAUUCAUCUCGCUCCGAGCAAGACUGCAGGUAGUGCAUUCUUCGGGCUAUGUGCCGACUACCAUCAAACCAUCCACCUCGUCCACAUUUGGCACUGCGAGGUCAAAGAUCGGAAAGGAAGAGAUCAAAUGGCAGGAGCUCUUGUCGCGUAAGUAUGCGGGGAGUGAUUAUGUGGCCCGUGCUCAUCCUUGCAGACUUCCGAAAUGUCCAGAACCGCCAUGAAAAGGCACGACGGCAGUUACACUCGACAGACAUCGGCUCUGCCACCGCUUCCGUGCAUUUCUCUUCCCCGUCUCAGACAUAUCCAACCUCUGCGCCAGGUACAGCUACCCUGUCCUCCAUGGCGGGUGGCAAAGCGGGCACAGCCAAGAAGAAGGGCACUCUUGCAUCAAACAACACUUCCCGACAAGGCAGUGGGGACGUGACCGCGUCCAGUACAGCGCGCUCGGGCAUGUCGCCUCUGGCAGCGAGAAGAGGCGGGGGAAGUGGGAGUGGGAUUGUGAGCAUAGGUGGCGCCGUGGCUAGUAUGAACCCGGCGCAGAACUUUGGGGUACGGCCGAGUAGUCCGGGGCGGAGGAGGAUCUUGGGAGGAUUGAGAAAGAGCGGAGGGAGGGAUUGAUCGAUGCUAUGGACUGCCUACAGACUAUACACAUAUUAUAACGACUGUUGAUGACGAUGUAGUGAUGAUGGUUCGGAGGGCCGAGUCAUGUGAGGGCGGCGGUGUGCGCCGGGGUAUCCAUCUACCGAACCCACCGUGCCGUAAGGGUGGUCUGCUGACCUGCGCUGUUGUUCUGCGGGGCAUGCUCGGUCUGCCCAGCUAAUACGGGACCUAUUCCAUCGAUGCACCACAAAUGCCCCCCCUCCCGUCCCAUAUAACACCUCCUCCCCCA